UCUAGAAGCAGGAGAAUAUAUUAUGCUAUCCCGGAUCCUUCGAGCAUCUUCUUUCUCGCCUCUCUCAUGGGAACGAUUACUCUAUCAAAGCCGGCCAUCUCACAAGUACAAAAGGGACUAGUCUUUGCCAUCUUCUUCGCCACUAUCGCAUUUCUCUACCCUUUCCUCCCCAACAACUACCACAGCCCAAGCAGCAGCAACACAUCAGACAUGUCUAUCAGUCGUCAAGUCGCCAAGACCGUCUUUGCCCACGAAGUCUCUGAAGGGGCUGGUGCCCGCGUAAGACGAUCAAUCGGUACGAAGGAGCUCCGGAACCUCACUCCGUUCUUGAUGCUCGACCACUUUACGAUCCACCCUGGAGCCGGAUUCCCCGACCACCCUCACCGAGGGAUGCAGACUCUGACAUGGCUCUUUAGGGGUAUCUUUAACCACGAGGACUUUCUCGGGAACAAGGGCGAACUGCGAGCUGGUGAUGUUCAAUGGAUGACUGCUGGUGAAGGUAUCGUCCACUCUGAAAUCCCCUGGUUCGACCCCGACCCCAAGAAGAGAGAGCCUGUCGAGGGCUUGCAGCUCUGGAUCGAUCUCCCCUCGAAACUGAAGUACAUCAAGCCAGAGUACUAUGACCGAAAAUCGGCAGACAUCCCCGUGGUAACCCCUGUUGAGGGUGUCAAGGCGACCGUUCUUUCUGGCGAGUCUCACGGUACCAAGGGGACAGUCACUCCCGCCGGCGGCGCUUGGUAUAUCGACUUUAAGCUCGAGAGACCCGGUGUUUCCGUAUUCCAGCCUCUUCCCGAAGGUUACCAGGCAUUCAUCUACUUGGUCAAGGGCAAGCUCCAGAUCGGCGAAGACAAGAAGCAAUACGACAAGUUCAACCUCCUCGUGCUAUCAACCGAAGAUGGUCAGUCCGGUGUCCGCCUCACUCGGCCUGCCGACGCUGGAGACGAAGACGUCCACGCCGUGCUCGUCGCUGGCAAACCCCUCGACCAGCCUAUCGUCCAGUACGGCCCCUUUGUAGUCAAUACGCAACAAGAAGCUCGUCAGGCCAUCUUUGAUUUCCAAACGGGCUCCAACGGGUUCGAGCGGGCGCCCGGGUGGAAGAGCGACAUUGCAAAGGAAUUUGACAGGCAAUACAGGUAGAAGCACCUUUGUCACUCGGAAAUCUGUAUAUACGUAUAGCAUAGCACAUCAUGAGCUCGCAAUUUCAUAUCAUGCAAUUGGAUCCUUCACGCCAAAGGACG